AGUGGCCAGACCCGAAGCGCAGGCCGAGCGGACCUCUGUCAGCCCGUCAGUCCGCCUGUACGGUACCCCGCGCGCCUCGGCCUUCGUCGUCGUCCCGCGGUCUUUGGCCCGAAGGGCGGCCGAGGCGCUCGCCAUGGCGACGUUCGUCUCAGUGCAGCUGAAGAAGACCUCGGAGGUGGACCUGGCCAAGCCGCUGGUGAAGUUCAUCCAGCAGACGUACCCGAGCGGCGGGGAGGAGCAGGCCCAGUACUGCCGCGCGGCGGAGGAGCUCAGCAAGCUGCGCCGCGCCGCGCUCGGCCGCCCGCUGGACAAGCACGAGAGCGCGCUCGAGACGCUGCUGAGAUACUAUGAUCAGAUCUGUUCCAUUGAACCCAAAUUCCCAUUUUCUGAAAACCAGAUCUGCUUGACAUUUACCUGGAAGGAUGCUUUUGAUAAAGGUUCACUUUUUGGAGGAUCUGUAAAAUUGGCUCUUGCAAGCCUAGGAUAUGAAAAGAGCUGUGUGUUGUUCAAUUGUGCAGCCUUAGCUAGCCAGAUUGCAGCGGAACAGAACCUGGAUAAUGAUGAAGGAUUGAAAAUUGCUGCUAAGCAUUAUCAGUUUGCUAGUGGUGCCUUUUUGCAUAUUAAAGAGACGGUUUUAUCUGCCUUGAAUAGAGAGCCUACUGUGGACAUAUCUCCAGAUACCGUUGGGACUCUCAGUCUUAUCAUGCUGGCACAGGCCCAAGAAGUAUUUUUUUUAAAAGCCACAAGAGAUAAAAUGAAAGAUGCUAUCAUAGCUAAAUUGGCUAAUCAGGCUGCAGAUUAUUUCGGUGAUGCUUUUAAACAGUGUCAGUACAAAGAUACUCUCCCCAAGUAUUUUUAUUUCCAGGAGGUGUUCCCUGUCUUGGCUGCAAAGCACUGUAUCAUGCAGGCCUAUGCUGAGUACCACCAGUCUAUCCUGGCAAAACAGCAGAAGAAAUUUGGAGAAGAGAUUGCAAGGUUACAGCAUGCGGCAGAAUUGAUUAAAACAGUGGCAUCUCGCUAUGAUGAAUAUGUCAAUGUGAAGGAAUUUUCUGACAAAAUCAACCGUGCCCUUACUGCAGCAAAGAAGGAUAAUGACUUCAUUUAUCAUGAUCGAGUUCCAGACCUUAAAGAUCUAGACCCUAUUGGCAAAGCCACACUUGUGAAAUCUACGCCAGUCAGUGUACCCAUCAGCCAGAAAUUCACUGAUCUGUUUGAGAAGAUGGUUCCUGUGUCAGUGCAGCAGUCUUUGGCUGCCUGUGGUCAGAGGAAAGCUGAUUUAGUUAACAGAUCAAUUGCUCAAAUGAGAGAAGCCACCACUUUGGCAAAUGGGGUGUUAGCUUCACUUAAUCUUCCAGCAGCAAUUGAAGAUAUAUCUGGAGAUACUGUACCUCAGUCUAUACUGACUAAGUCCACAUCUGUGAUUGAACAGGGAGGCAUCCAGACUGUUGAUCAGUUGAUCAAAGAGCUACCUGAACUUCUACAAAGAAAUAGAGAAAUCCUAGAUGAGUCAUUAAGACUGUUGGAUGAAGAAGAAACAACUGACAAUGAUUUAAGAGCAAAAUUCAAGGAACGCUGGCAAAGGACGCCAUCCAAUGAACUCUAUAAGCCCUUAAGAGCAGAGGGAAGCAACUUCAGAACUGUUUUGGAUAAAGCUGUGCAAGCAGAUGGACAGGUGAAAGAGCGUUACCAGGCUCACCGGGACACCAUUGCACUUCUGUGUAAGCCGGAGCUGGAGCUGAAUGCUGCCAUCCCGUCUGCUAACCCAGCGAAGACCAUGCAGGGCAGCGAGGUUGUAAAUGUCUUAAAAUCCUUACUGACAAAUCUUGAUGAAGUAAAGAAGGAAAGAGAGGGGCUGGAGAAUGACCUGAAAUCAGUGAAUUUUGACAUGACGAGCAAAUUUUUGACUGCUCUGGCUCAAGAUGGUGUGAUAAAUGAAGAAGCUAUUUCUGUUACUGAACUGGAUCGAAUCUAUGGGGGUCUUACAACUAAAGUCCAAGAAUCUCUAAAGAAACAAGAAGAACUUCUUAAAAAUAUUCAGGUCUCACACCAGGAAUUUUCAAAAAUGAAACAGUCUAACAAUGAAGCUAAUUUAAGAGAAGAAGUUUUGAAGAAUUUAGCCACUGCGUAUGACAACUUUGUUGAACUUGUAGCUAAUUUGAAGGAGGGCACAAAGUUUUACAAUGAGCUGACUGAAAUACUCAUCAGGUUCCAGAACAAAUGCAGUGAUAUAGUGUUUGCACGGAAGACAGAGAGGGAUGAACUCUUAAAGGACUUGCAACAAAGCAUUGCCAGAGAACCUAGUGCUCCUUCAAUUCCUACACCUGCGUAUCAGUCCUCUCCCGCAGGGGGACACACGCCAAUGCCUCCAACUCCAGCGCCGAGAACCAUGCCGCAGUUUGACAGAAACCUGACACAUUUUGUCAGUGCUGACUUUUUCUUACAGCCUACUAAGCCCCAGCCCCCAGCCAGGCCUCCACCUCCUGUGCUUCCAGCAAAUCGAACUCCUGCUACUGCUCCAGCUCCAGCUCCAGCUCCAGCGAGCACUGGGACCACUGCACCAGCUCCAUCACAGACUCCUGGUUCAGCUCCCCCUCUGCAGGCCCAGGGACCUCCAUACCCCACCUAUCCAGGGUAUCCUGGGUAUUGCCAAAUGCCCAUGCCCAUGGGCUAUAAUCCUUACGCAUACGGCCAGUAUAAUAUGCCAUAUCCGCCAGUGUAUCACCAGAGCCCUGGACAGGCUCCGUACCCGGGACCCCAGCAGCCUUCAUACCCCUUCCCUCAGCCCCCACAGCAGCCUUACUAUCCACAGCAGUAGUGUGUCAGCUCAGAAGAUCAGCUGGUUCAGCUCAGAGGGAAAGAAAUACCAACCCUGCAAUAAGUGUACUAAACCCUACGCUCUGGUUAAUAUAACGUACUCUGAUGUACUGAGUGCAGUGUGUAAUUUCUGUCUGCGGCUAGAAGCUGUGCCCCAGUUCCACAUUUGAUUGCACAUGGGCCAUUUGCUGCUGUUGCAGUAUAAAGACUAAGUUUAAUAGGAUUUGAAAUAAAUUACAUUACAGUUCAUAAAAGUUGAAAAUGAGAAAUUAAACCCACAAGUGAAACGUUUGAAAUUAUUAUACUUAGUUCUACAUAAGACAUGAUGGGAACAUCAGAGGCUUACAAUGAUGGUUUCAGUACUGAUACUCAAGAAAACUAAGUUAUCUUUCUCUUUUGGUUUAUUGAUUUGGUUUAAUUUUCAUUAUGCUAUUUUGCGUAAUCAAAACAUUGUAAAUCUUAUAAUUUAAAAAUAAAUUCCUUAAGAACAGUU